AUGGCCGACGCACAGCCCGUGGGGCUGUGCCCGUUGGGGGCAGUGUCCCUCCCAUGGGAUUUGGGCAGUUUGGCAAACCUGGUGACUUUGGAGCUGCGUGAGAACCUGCUAAAGACUCUCCCCACUUCGCUCUCCUUCCUCGUCAAGUUAGAGCAGUUGGAUCUUGGUGGCAAUGACCUGGAAGUACUGCCGGAUACUCUGGGAGCGCUGCCAAACCUGCGUGAGCUUUGGCUGGACCGGAACCAGCUCUCAGCCCUGCCUCCAGAGCUGGGCAAUCUCCGACGCUUGGUCUGUCUGGAUGUGUCGGAGAACAAGCUGGAGCAGUUGCCCAACGAGGUCAGCGGGCUGGUGGCGCUGACGGACUUGCUCCUGUCGCAGAACCUGCUGGAAUGCAUUCCGGACGGGAUUGGUCAGCUGAAGCAGCUCUCCAUCCUCAAGGUGGACCAGAAUCGACUGACAGAAGUGACCGAGUCAAUUGGGGACUGUGAAAAUCUGUCGGAACUCAUCUUGACAGAGAACAUGCUGUCGGAGUUACCCAAGUCCCUCGGCAAGCUGGCCAAGCUGACGAACCUGAACGUGGAUCGGAACCGGCUGACAUCCCUUCCAGCUGAGAUCGGGGGCUGUGCCAACCUGAACGUGCUGUCCUUGCGAGACAAUCGCCUGACCCCCCUGCCGCCGGAGCUUGCCAACACCACAGAGCUUCACGUCCUCGAUGUGGCUGGGAACAGACUGCAGAACUUGCCGUUUGCUUUGACAAAUCUGAACCUGAAAGCCCUGUGGCUGGCAGAAAACCAGUCCCAGCCCAUGCUGAAAUUCCAAACAGAAGACGAUGAAAAGACAGGGGAAAAAGUUCUCACGUGUUACCUGCUGCCCCAGCAGCCCUCUCCUAGCCUGG